AUGUGCACCUCAACAACAUCAGAAUUUUGGUCUCAAAUAUCGAAGCAGUCCAACACCACCUGGAAACUGACAAACCGCAGCUGUUGUUCCUCACCGAGACGCAGUACUAUAGAUGUUGAGACUCAUACGGCUAAUUGCUUGGACCUAUUGCUAACAACCGAUCCAAACCGAUAUUCUGUGGUUGUGGAAGCACUAUUGGGUACUUCUGACCACUGUCUGGUUAAAGCUGUAUCCGUAUACUCCCUAUCCGAUCAGGGUCCUACUGAUGAUGCACUCAAAACAGAACUAUGUUUCGCUGAAACUCUUAUUGUAAGCUGCGGUCACUAUGAAGUUCCAGAAGAAGAGACAGAUGAAAGUGGCGAGGAAGAAGAGUCUCUGAGUUCCAUUUGGACUUGUACGCCAUCUACUAAGAGUGAACUUUCGGAAGAAGUGAAAGUUGAGCCAUUUGAGAUCAAAGACUAUGAACAAGCAGUAGAAGAAGAGCAAGAAUCAGAAGAAGAAGAUGAUUUUCAUUUUUACUUUUUUCCUGACUGCACUAAACCAUCAAAACCUAGCCACAGUAAAGACAGUCUUCUCAUCGGCCCAGAUGGCUUACCUAAGAUAAAUAUAGCUGCAAAGAAAGGAAUAGUUUGUACCUGCAAAAAAAGGAAAAAAGGAGAAUGUGAAUGCUUUGUUAAACUUCCUUGUCUGUGCGGCGCAAUACAGGAAGCAGAGUGCACGUGUGGCAAAUUAUCAAAUAUUUGCAUUUGCGAUGAGACACCGAAACCUGUUUGUGAAUGUGAAAAAGCAAUGGUCUGUGCGUGUUGUAAUCUACCUAAACCAAUUUGCACUUGUGGUGAUGUAGAAAAACCAUGCGUAUGUUAUCCAGAUAAAUUCCCGUACCCCGUAUGCGUCUGUAAAAGCAAACCUAAGUUUGGAUUCUUGAAAGAAGUAGAAAGUAUCCCAUCUUUUGAAGGUGAAUUUUUUGGGGAAGAUGAAGGACGUGCAGAAGGACAUGAAGGAGAAGCAGAGCAAAAAGAGACAAGCAAGGUACGAAAGCAAAUAGUUAAGACAGUGGUAAGAAAAAUGAAGAAAUAUGAGCAAUCAAAUGAAAGGAGUGAAAAGCGAAGUGAAGGGAGUGAACAGGGAACUGAAGAAUUUUUAGAGGAAAUAAUUGUUGAAGAAGGUAUAGAAGAGUCAACAAAAGAAGGAGGGACGAGGAAGGUUGAGGAGGAGGGAAAAGAAGACGCUUGUGAAUGUCAGAAACCGGAUCCAAAAAAGCGUUGCUUUUGUCUUAAGGGCAAUGAAUGUAUCUGCAGCAAAUACGAGUGUAUUUGUGGUGUCCAGAAAACUUGCGUAUGUGAGCCUGAAGGUAGCGUCGAUUUACCUUACAAAAGUGACGAUUCACCAUCUAUAUGCAGUUGUAAUGUUGCAAGAGUGUGUAAUUGUGAAAAAAAGGGUCUGGAAUGCAAUUGUUUUCCACCUAAAGCUGUUUGCACUUGUAAAAAUCCAAAUAAAUGCAAGUGUAUGAAAGUUUGCGAUUGCAUAUAUCCCUGUAUUUGUGACACCGCGGCGGCAAAGAUAGAGGAAUGUAUAUGUUUGGAUAAAGCCAAACAAAUUGAAAAAGGUUAUAUUUGCACAUGUCCACCGCCUGGUGCUGCAUCGCCUACGGUGAUAAAGAAGGUGCGUGCUGGUAAGCAUGGCUAUCGUUGGUGCCACGAUGUUGAUCCAAAGAAUACAUUCUUUGACUAUGCGUAUGACAGAUACGAUAAAAUAUGUCCAAAAAAACAAGAAGAAGAAAAGUUUAAGAUUUUGGGUUUAUAUGAUGAAAUAAAAAGGCCAGAUGAUGUGUGCCCAGUUCAUGGACUGAAACUUCCACGUUUUAAAAAAAAGAGAUUUCGGAAACCUUCCGUUGACUGUUGCAGUGCAGUAGGAGGUAUAAGCAUUAGCGUAGAAACUCUAGGAGAAGACAGAGGCAAGUUUUUGGUUCACGUUAUAUCGCAUUCAUCCAAAGAAGGGGCCAAAACUGGUUCUAAGCUUGUCAGUAUUUUGGAUAUUAAUCUUCACACACUGGAGGAGAACCGAGUCGAACAUAUAUCGAAGCAGGAGUUAUCUAAAGAGCGCAGAAGUUACAUGGCAAUUUGCGACAAUGGUUACUAUAACAAAGUGACUUACUUAUGCGGAGAGCGAAACACGGUUAAACGAAAUUACCAUCCUUUUAAAGUUGCUCACGACUUUUUACUUGAAGGCGCUAAUGUGGUACUCCUUCGUUAUCUCGGACUUCGCCGGUACAAGGGUACUAUAAAAACAGAUACAGUGCUUAUAAACGGAACUAUUUGUGAAAGUGUCUAUGUGUGCCCUGGAGUAAGUCAAGCCAUCGUAAAUGGUAAACCCCUGUUUGUAGUAAAAGUGGAGCGUCAUAUUAUAGAACCUUCUGGAUACAUUCACCAAACAUUGACAGUUCUUAGUCUCAGAGGCUAUAUGAUCAGCCAUGAAUGGGCUGAUAAUAAUUAUAUGUUCCAUUUGAAUCCAUUGCUAAAUGUUAUUCCUGAAAAGGACGAAAUAGAGCAGCAUGCACCAUUGCGUGAACAUUGGCGUGAUGAUCUUCAACUGCUUUCCGAUUACUUAGAUUACAAGAGCACGAGGUCUUCAGAAGGCGCUCGCUACGUGGCUGAGAAUGGCGUAUUGACAAAUUCAGUUCGAGAUUUUCUACAAGCUGUGCUGUUGUUGAAGCCGAAAGAUGUGGUGCAUUUCACUCGGCAUUACUUCGAUUCGGCGCUCUCCGCUCUAGACUUGCCUCAUAACGAAUAUUUCGAUCCAUGUCCCAAGCAUGUUCGAUACUAUUACUUUGAGGAAUAAUCUCCAGACUUUGUAGAAAUUAACUUUGUUUACUCUUUUUCCUUUAGAAAAAGAAUUUUGUCUUUUUAGGUAUUGCAGAUCGCUUUGCAUCAUUUGUUGUUAAGUGGCUACCACUUUUUUAACCACACAACAUUUUGGCAUUUAAUUGCUUAAUAUAAUAACCCAUUUUAUUUUAGAAAUAAAAAUUGCCAGUGUUUAAAUAGUAUCAUUGCGUUUGAGACAUUGUUCUUAGGAAACGGCUAAACCAAGAUUUAAAUUAAAGCUGGGCUAAUGUGCAUGCACUACUUCAGCAGGAUUAUGAACCCUCGUGAAAGUUAAUUGUCCUUGUUCAAAACGUGGCGAAAGGGUAUCUUGCUUCCUACAUACGCAGGGGUAAACCUUCCUACAAUUUUGCUAAUUACUGGCUUACUGUCAUUUUCGACGUUAAAUGAAUUGGAAUGAGAAAGUUUUUGCCAACUCAUUUAACAUGCCUAUAUACUUUUGGAUAAAUACCUAGAAAAUCAAUAAAAUUAAAAACC